UCCCUACUAUAAAUAUUGAAAAGAUAUUUUGAAUAUUUCAGAAUGGAUAAAGGAAGUGCAUCCCAAACUGCUGCCAUGGAGGCUUUGGCGAAACUUCGCCCAGAUAUAGACUUUGCAAUGUUGGCAAAGAUGGGCGUUACUCUGGAUCCUGUUGCGUUAACGAAGCAGCUUCGCCCUGAUUUAGAUGUGAAGAUGAUGACAAGUUCUGCAAGCAGCAAGUCGGAGUCCUCCCACUCGUACUCAACAGCACAUUCAUCUCAUGGGUCUUCUCAUACUUCUCAUUCACACAGUGGAGGUCACCCAUCACAGCAUUUAAGUAAAUCAGAUGCUGCUUACUUGGCUAAAUUACAGGAGGCAAGUUUAGCUAAUGCAUUGACAAAACUGGAUCCAAACUUGUUAGCUAAACUUGAUCAGACAACAUUGGCUCAACUUUCCAAAUUGGAUGCUCCCACAUUAGCUAAGCUUGAUCAUAAUACUUUAGCCCAGCUCGUGAAAGCUGAUGCUUCAGCAGCCGUGGCUUCCAUGUCAAUGAGUAAAGCUGAUCAAGCAAUGUUGGCUCAGCUCUUUAAACUUGACCCACAUACCCUAUCAAAAGUUGAUCCAGCCUCGCUCACACAGUUGGCUAAGCUUGACCCAAUGAUGUUAGCGAAGAUGGAUCAGACAACAUUAGCUCAGCUAGCAAAGUUAGACCCCCUUACUCUUUCCAAACUAGAUCAUGCAAUGCUUGCUCAGCUUGCUCGACAUGAUGCCCAGCUGCAGGCCCAAGCAAGAGCUGCUCUAAGCAAAAUGGAUUCAGCUACCCUUAAUCAACUUUCAAAGAUGGAUCCCCAUUUACUCUCAAAGCUUGACCCGAAUACACUCGCUCAAUUAGCCAAGUUGGAUGCACAUACCCUCUCUAAAGUGGAUUCAGCUACCUUGGCUCAACUUGCUUCUAUGGAUGCUGUAGCAAUGGCACAACUAUCUAAGAUGGAUCCACAUUCUCUAUCUAAAAUGGACCAAGCCACUUUGGCACAACUUUCCAAAUUAGAUCCACACUCAUUAUCCAAGAUGGAUGCAGCAAUGAUGAACCAACUUUCAAAGUUAGAUCAGCAAGCAAUGAACAAAAUGAAUAGUGCAGCUUUAGCUCAGCUGUCAAAAAUGGACCCUCACAAUUUAUCUAAAAAAGACCCUAGUCAGUUGAGUCACAUGAUGAAACUUGAUCAUCACAGUAUACCUAAAAUGGAUCCUAACAGUUUGGCUCAGCUGUCAAAACUUGAAGCCCAAGCCAAGUUGGACCAAGCUGCAUUAUCACAGAUGUCAAAAUUAGAAGCUCAUUCCAAAAUGGACCCAGGAUCUCUUUCACAGCUCUCAAAACUUGAUCCUCAUUCAAUGGCCAAGAUUGACCCUCAGCUGGCCCAGUUAGCAAAACUAGAUUCUCACACCUUAUCAAAAUUAGAUGUAAAUACUUUGGCACAACUUGUGAAGCUGGAUCCACACUUGUUAACAAAAUUAGAUUCAGCUGCUUUAGCACAGCUCACAAAGUUAGAAGCUCAGCAAAUGCAGGCAACUGCUGCUGCUGCUGGGUUAUCAAAAGCUGAUUUAGCAGAGCUCCGGAAACUGGAAGCCGAAGCUUUAGCUCGUUUACAGCCUUCUGACUUGGAUGCCUCUUUGCUCAGUCCAGCUACUGCUGGAUUAAGCACAACUAGCACCACCUCAAGUGCUCAUGGAAUGUCUAAAUAUCAACAGUUACUAGCAGUAAUUGAAGAAAUGGGCAAAGAUAUUCGGCCAACCUAUGCUGGAAGUAAAAGCAGUGCUGAGCGUUUAAAGCGGGGUAUUGUUCAUGCACGCAUACUGGUCAGAGAAUGCUUAAUUGAAACAGAGCGUGCUGCACGCACAUAGUGGUGCAAUGUAAAGAUGUCUUUUCUGAAUAGUUGGUAACGUAUUGGUGUAUUGUGCUGUCAUUGUAGGAUAGUAAUUACUUAAAGUUUAGGUAAUUAAUGCCAGGUUUCUUAGAGGUUUUUAAGACUUAAGUAACAACAUUUUUCAUAUAAUUAGGUAAUAAAUUUAUCUUAAGAAACAAUAUGGAAGUUGGAAUUCUUAGUAAGUAUAGAGACAUUGCACAAGUAUUGUAGAUGAAAGACCUGUAUUACAAUGUUAUCAUUAAUGGUUUGUUUUGUCAGUUAUGGAUUUCAUUUGCAAACUUUGUUCAUCAUACAAUAUAUACUAAUAAAAUCUUUAUGAAUCCCUUGUUGUACUGUACAUGUUUUAUUUUUUUGUUGAUAUAAGUAUUAUUGGAACUGCAUUGGUGUCUUGCCAAACAGUGAUAUCAAGAAAUUCAUGUAAUACUGUAGACUGUAUAAUAUUUAUUACAGAUUUAGAGUAGUUGAUGUGAGGUGUUUUAUGGUUUAUAACAGUAAAUAAAACUUUACUGGAAUGUAA